AUGUCCUCCAACGACAACCUCAUUGAAACAAAUGGCGUCCGCAUCGCCAUCGAGGGCUGCGGCCACGGCACCCUUGACGCAAUCUACGCCUCCGUCGAGCGCUCCUGCCGCGAGCGCAAAUGGCCCGACGUCGACCUGCUCAUUAUCUGCGGCGACUUCCAGUCCGUGCGCAACGCCGCCGACCUGACCACCAUGUCCUGCCCGGCCAAAUACCGCGAGAUCGGUGACUUCCAUAAGUAUUACAGCGGCGCGCGCAAGGCGCCAUACCUGACUCUCUUCGUGGCCGGCAACCACGAGGCUUCGUCCUACCUGUCCGAGCUCUACUACGGCGGCUGGGUCGCGCCCAAUAUCUACUACAUGGGCGCAGCGAAUGUCGUUCGGUUCGGGCCUCUGCGGAUUGCGGGGCUUAGUGGCAUCUGGCAACAGGGAGAUUAUCACAAGCCAAGGAGCGAGAGGCUCCCGUUUGGGCCGAAGGAUAUCAAGACGUUUUAUCACGUGCGGGAAUUGGACGUGCGGAAGUUGCUUCAAAUUCGCACGCAGGUGGAUAUUGGGUUAAGCCAUGACUGGCCAAAUGGGAUUGAGAGGCAUGGGGAUUACGUGCAAUUGUAUAAAAACAAGCCUCAUUUCAAGAAGGAGUCGGAGAGGGGAGAGCUGGGCAACCCGGCUGCGGGGUAUGUGCUGGACAGACUGCGUCCGAGGUACUGGUUCUCCGCCCAUAUGCACUGCAAGUUCUCUGCCAUCAAGGAGCACCCGCCUCCGGGGCAGGAGGACAAGCCGCAGGCCGCUCUAGCGCCUGCCGUCAACCAUGAUGAAAUCGACCUCGACAUGUCCGACUCCGACGUUCCCGCCGCAGGACUCAAAAAAGAACCAGAAAAGGACACCCAAGUCGACAUUGAAGCCCUCCGAGCCAAACUGCCCCCCUCUUUCGCCAAACCCAUCAAACCCGGUCAACCCGUCCCCGACACAAUCACCAACAGAACAACCCGCUUCCUCUCCUUGGACAAAUGCCUACCCGGCCGACACUUCCUCCAACUCAUGGAAAUCCUCCCCGCUGACGGCUCAAAAGUCCAACGUCCCCUCCGCCUACAAUACGACCCCGAAUGGCUCUCCAUCCUGCGCGUCUUCCACGCCUCCUCCAAACCCUCUUCUACACCCCCCGAUCCGGACCAAGGCGAAGCCCACUACCUCCCCCUCAUCGCCGAAUCCAUGGCCUGGGUAACCGAAAACAUCAUCUCCAAGGAUAAACUCGACAUCCCGCUGAACUUUACGCCCACCGCGCCGGCGUACGAUCCCAAAAACCCGGAGACGACUAAAGAAGGGAUGCCGAAGGAGUAUAACAACCCACAGAUGGCCGCGUUUUGUGAGUUGUUGGGGCUGGAGAAUUGGUGGUAUGAAAAGGAAGAAGAGAGGGAGGAGAGGUGGAAGAGGGAUUGGGCUUCGUUGCCGGAUUGGUGGGUUGAUGAGUUGAGUGGAAAAGGGCAGAAGUCUGGAGCUGGAGGAUUCAGGGGAGGACGGGGAGGGGGGAGAGGUGGUGGACGUGGGGGAAGAGGAAGAGGAGGGACAGGUCGGUGA